GAUCAAUCCAUCGAUCCAUCUCCGCUUUUUCGUUGCUUAACUUCCUUUUCUCUCCCAAUUCCCUCUUCUCAUCUUUUGCUCAUUUUCAUUCUCUUCCCUCCAGCUGAUUUCGUUGCACCUUGCCACAUCGUUCUUCCCUCGUCCCGUUCUCUUUUCCCAAUUCCCUCAAUUCGUCACGAUGGCCCAGAAGGAAGCCACGGUCUUCAUCGUCGACUUAGGCCACACCAUGGGCCGCAAGGAACAUGGCCGUGAUAAGACGAAUUUGGAGUGGGCGAUGCAGUUUGUUUGGGACAAGAUAUUGACUACGGUGGUGACGGGGAGGAAGACGUGCUUUAUGAGUGUGAUGGGGGUGAGGACGGAUGAGACGGAAUUGAAUGGGUUGCUGGAGGAGGAUGCGGAAGGGUAUGAGAAUAUCAGGGUAAUUAAGGGGUUGAAACAAUUUUUGUUGAAAGACAUCCGCGAGGUUCAAGCGCAGAUAAAGCCUAGUCGGACGAACGACGGCGACAUAAUCAGCGCAAUCACGGUGGCGGUGCACAUGAUCGAUAAGGGCACCAGGGGAAAGACUGGGGACCUACUGAAAUUCGAUAGGCGGAUUUAUGUCGUGACCGAUGGGCGAGGGGCCAUUGACACGGCUGGCUUAGAUGACAUUGCGGAGAGGCUGUCGAAGGAAAUGCAGAUUGACCUGACGCUCCUGGGUGUUGAUUUUGACGAUCCUGAAAAUGGGUACAAGGAGGAGGAUAAGGAUCCACACAAGGCAGAGAACGAAAAAGUUCUAAGGGAGUUCGUGGAGAAGCAGUGCGGGGGCGUCUUCGGCACCGUGGCAGAGGCCGUUGAGCAGCUGGAGGUCCCGCGCGUCAAGGAUACCAGACCAGUCCCCAGCUACAGGGGCACUCUCACGUUGGGCGAUAGCGAAAAGUACGAAGGGACUUUGACAAUUGACGUUGAGCGCUAUCCAUGCACCAUGGUCGCAAAACCCCCCACCGCAAGCUCAUUCGUCCAUCGGACGGAGUUGGCUGGAGCGGGUGCGAGCACCCAGUCUUCCACGACCUUGCCGCUGGAGGAGGCAGACGGUGACGGGCAAUUGGCCGCGGUCAGGAGUCAGCGCGUUUACCAGGUUGAGGACCCUAACGCGCCGGGGGCGAAGAUGAAUGUGGAGCAGGACGAGCUAGAAAGGGGUUUCGAGUAUGGCCGUACUGCGGUUCACAUCAGCGAGGCGGAAUCCAACGUCGUGAAGCUAGAGACGCAGCAAUGCCUGGACAUCAUUGGCUUCGUGGCAGCCGAGAAGUUCGAACGAUAUCUCGCCAUGAGCCGCACAAACUAUAUCUUUCCGAUGAAGGGUAACAGAGCAGCACAACUCGCCCUUUCCUCCUUCAUACACGCCCUCUACGAAGCAGAGUGUUACGCCAUUGCUCGCCUCGUCCCGAAAGACGAUAAACCGCCCACGGUGGUUCUGCUGGUCCCCCGCAUCGAGCUUGACCUUGAAUGCCUCAUCGACGUUGAACUGCCCUUCGAAGAGGACAUGCGACGCUACAAAUUCCCUCCGCUGGACAAGAAACUCACCGUCACAGGAAAGGUCCUUACGGAACACCGCGACCUCCCCACUUCCGAUCUGAUGCAAGCUAUGAGUGACUACGUAGAUGCCAUGGACCUCUCGACCUUCGACCGCGAUGAUGAAGGCAAUCCGGCGGAGUACAUGAGGUUCGAAGAUACCUACUCCCCACUCCUCCAUCGCGUUAACCAAGUCAUUCGUUGGCGGGCAAUGAACGCAACCUCCGACGGACUCCCUGAUCCACCCCCUAUCCUAACGAAAUUCUCCGUACCACCUCCAGACCUCGUGGAAAAAACGGACCGCCAAUUAUCCACCUUGAGAUCAGUUGCCGACGUCAAAAAGGUGCCUCCCAAGCAGAAGGGGCGAGGUAAACGUCGUCGCGAAGACCGCGACAAGCCUUUGUCUGGGCUGGAUGUCGACGAACUGCUAGGCAACCCCAAGCGCAUCAAGAUCGACCCGCAGAACCUCAUUCCGUCGUUCAAGCAAGCACUCCUCGCAACCGACGACCUCGAGUCCAUCCAGUCUGCCGCCACGGCCAUGGGCUCGGAAAUCCGCAAGAUCAUCAGAGAGUCAGUGGGCGAGACGGGGUAUGCGCGGGCACUGGAGGCGAUGCGCGUGAUGCGAGAUGAGCUUGCGGAGCUGGAGGAGCCGGGGAUCUGGAACGGGUUUGUGAGGGAUUUGAAGAGGGAGCUGCUGGAGGGCAAGUUGGGAGGGGAUAGGAGGGAGAUGUGGUGGAGGGUUAGGGGGAGCAGGUAUGGGUUGAUUGAUAGGAAGAGGAGUUUUGCGAGUGAGGUUAGUGAGGAGGAGGCGAGGAAGUUUUUCGAGUCGUAGGGGGUAAUGCUGGUGGUCCGACAUAUCGAGCGUGAAGAACGCGUAUCUGAGGAGCUUUUCUAGAUGAUGAAUACUGAACAUUGAAU